AUGGGCAUGGCAGGUCCCGGCUGCAAGGCGAGCAUUGGACGGGAAGGGAAUGCGUCAGCCAACGGCGCAGGUGUCACGCGGCCAGCCAGGCGAGAGGGCCCAUGGCGCGGUGCCUGUGUCAGUCCAGGGGCAGCGGGAGAGCGGUGGUUCAGCGGAGGAGCCCCAGCCACAGCCCCAGUCACAGCCACAGAGUUUCAACGGCGGGUGCGCCACAGACGUCAAGCCACCGAGCCCCACUCGUGUCACCCCGACGUAAUGCAGUGUGAGUGUGAGAGUGUGUCAAGCAAGCAAGCGUACAAAGCUGAGAUUGGCGGCCUCGGUGGCGUCGUCCCAUUCCCCCCCAUCGGCCAUCCCAUAAUAGACUGGACGCAUGCUCCCCUAUGCAGAUGGAUGCAGAUGGAUGCAGAUGCAAGCGCCAGAAUAGCCUUUGGGCUCGCUCGUACCGCUGGCCGAGGCGAUCCCCGGGCCUGCCAGUAUUACACGUCUAGUACAUUACAUGGACACUUGUACGUCGUCCGCCGUCCACGCUUGCUCACACACGGCAUCACCACCACUAAGACGACCACGGGUCAGCCUGGUGCCGAGGCGGUGACCAGGCCCUACCUGCUAGCACCCAAAGGGCCCCAACACGCGCGCAUCCGGAGCCCUACGAGGCGUUCGCCGCACGUCUCAAGCACAGCUGCCAUGUUUCUGAUACACGCCUUGGCACGUCCUAUCCUCCGCCUGCCAGACCACCAAUCUCAGCCCGCCUCGGCUCCUUCCACCAUGCGCCACUCGGCCCUGUCUCCCUCCCUAUUCCCUCACUUUCUCGCCUCUUCCCUCCUCCCUCGUCACACCCGUCGCCUGUUGCGGCCUGCCGUUGAAUAUUGA